ACUGCUGCUCGUUCGUCGGGUGAAGUUAGUGCGUAUCGAUCUCCUCCGAUCGCGGACAUCUGGAGCUCCGGUUCAACCUCCACACGUACCGACUUCAUCUCCCCACCCGAGGCGUCCUCAGGUCGGCGGAUCGCCUCUGCAGUCUCCCCGGUGCAGACGGGAGAUGGUGGGCUGGGUCGUACGGACGGCUCUCACAUAGACGCGUAUUGCGGAGAUAGGUGUUCGCUUUUUAACGAGGGAGGGGGAAUCGACGCCUCGGGUUUUGAUUUGAGAGAUUCGUGUGAAGAGGACACGGGCGGGGGAGGAGGUAAGAGCAUCCCGCACACCACAAUCGCCUUUCCCACGCAACAGCGAGGAGUUUAAUCAAGAGACCCACUCAGCCCGGAGGCUCCAUCCGGACCCACCGACACCGGAGAAGAGGAGGAGAACGGACCACGACCGUCGUGGGAAAGUGACGGACACGUCUAACGGCUAUACGCCUACCGUCGAACGGAAUAUCGGACUUGAAUCGGAGGGGCAGAACACAAUGGACUCCGAGGGAUCCUUAUCAGCUGCGCGCUGCUGGCUGGCCUGGUGGUGUCCCAGCGCGUGGUGACGGUGCAGGAAGGCCCCGUGGUGCGCACGGAGGGCUCCCACGUCACCAUCUGGUGCAACGUGUCGGGCUACAAGGAGGGCCUGCAGCAGGACUUCGAGUGGUCCAUGUACCUGCCGUCGUCGCCGGAGCGCGAGAUCCGCAUCGUCAGCACGGCGCAGCAGAACUACGCCUACGCCGUCUACGCCCAGCGGGUCAACGCCAAGGAGAUCUCCGUGGAGAGGCUGAGCCGCGACUCCGCCCUGCUGCACAUCGCCAAGGUGACGGCGCUGGACCAGGGGCUGUUUGAGUGCUACACGCCCAACACGGACGGCCAGUACCUGGGAUCCUACAGCGCCCGCACCAACCUCACAGGUGAGUCGCCGGCGCUCCCAGUGCCGGAGCGUACGCCGGCGUGUUAGGGCCCUGAGCGGUGGGGGGGGGGGGGGUUGGAUCAGGUGUGUUUUGAGCGUGACGGAGCAGUGCUGUGUGUCCAUUGGCAGCGUGCAGACGUAGCAGUACUGCGGGCUUUCACUCUCGUGAGUUUGGACGUUCGUAAUGGCCACCGAUCUAUGGGGAGGAUGACGAUGGCUUUGGGGAGAGGCUGCUUGCUGCUGACCGUCCCGAGCCGCAGAUUAAAUAAGGGGCGUAAUGGACUGGAGAUCGGUCGGACGGCCGGUAACACGACCCCGCUGGCGUCAGGCUGAGCAGCUCUGCGGAGGAACCGGGAGUGAUCGUUUGUCCGUAUCUGGCCGGAGUUAUGUUCCAUUGAUCCAGGAGUCUCUCUCCAGGGGUCCGUGUGUUGGUGGAGUAGUGUUCCCAGUGGGGGUGCUUCUGCCUUGAGCUAUGUCGGCUGGAUUAAAGUGCAUCGCGGGGUGGGUGAGGUCAGACCAGUGGGUUAGUGGGGCCAGGGCCAGUGGUUUUGUUAGGCCAGUCGGUUUGUGGGGCCAGACCAGUUGGUUUGUGAGGUCAGUGGGGUUGUCAGGUCGGUGGGGGACAGCCGGGGAGUUGUGACUGGCGGGCUUUCAGGGGCUAAUCCCUGUGGAGCCAGGGGUUGUGUGAGGGCGAGGCGGUGUGCUGGGGGGGGGGGUCACGUCGGGUCCCACCUGUUCUCCACGAGACAUCUCCCAAGUCCUGACAUCACUCACACACAGACACACACGUGUGCACACUCGCGUGAGCGCACACACAAACAAACACACAUUAGCAGAGACGUGCACAACGCACCGUUUCAAUAAUGCAGUGUGAGGUUUCAGACAUCUUUUUGUCCUAGCAAAUUUUGUUGUUCUCCUCUCUGUCUGUCUGUCUGCCUGUCUGCCUGUCUGCCUGUCUCUUUCGGUCUGUCUCUCUCUCUCUCUCUUCUCCCUGCAUUCUCUCGAACUCUGAUGGAAUCUUACCUCAAGGUUGAUCUGAGAAUGGAUUAACCGGGAUAGUUUUUUUUACUAUUGUGUAGUGGAUGUUUUUACUGGUCUUUUAACGGCUUCAUUAGAGCAAAGUGAUGCUGAGGUGAUUUCUCCGUCUGAUUAUACGGCUCUAGCAGAGGGAGAUGAACCUCGGAUGCCUCUACCCGUUUAUACUGGCAGCAUACCUCACAUGGCCAGUUAUCCCAUUACUUAUGUUUGUGGUGGUGUGUGGUAAAUCACCAACGUUAUUGAAGCCCUAAAUAUCGUCAGGGUAGAGACGUUGAAGGAUCGGCUCAUUUGGAUCCUUUAUGACCCAUAUUCUUUUGCUAGCUCAGAUUAACAGAAUAUUGUAAUCUCAGAAGUGAUUGGCAACUCGUUCUCAUUAUUCAACCGUUGUUCCAUGACCUCUUGUUGAACGCCGUUUGUGAAUCAAAACGUUGCAGUAUCGUCUUGGCUAUUCGUUCUCGCGCUGCUCCGAUCCAGACUGCUGGCGAGACUGAUUGUGAUCCACUCCUAGAUCUCUACGGUGUUGCACUCCUUCAGGUUCUGAAUCCGGCGUAAGCCUCACUCCAUCCCUCUGGUUCUUCCUUGGUCUUCGGGGGGUGACGAGGGGGCUUCAAACCUGGAGCCGUGGAGCCCUCUGAGACCGUAGCUGUGAUGAAGCGCUGGUCAUAUCCACCAGAUGAAGGGGUCAGGAAUAUGGAUCCGAGAGAUGAUCCUCAGUUCUCCUCUCCUCUUCCUCUCCCGAGCCUCCUCCUCCUCCUCUGGCCUCUCUGUAGUUCGGUCUUUCUUCAUCUCCCUCUCUCAUACCUUACCUCUCUCCCGGGUUCCGGUCGUAAGCCCACUCCCCUCAAACAUUCCCAGAGUUCCCAGUCCACAGCUGACCCUGCCUGGGCUCCGUGUCACACCCAGAUUGGGAAUCCCCUCUCCCACCCCCACCAUUCACCCCCCUUCUCCUUCCGGGGUUUUCCAUCCUCGUGCACCCCUUCCUCUUGUCUGAGUCCUGGGGGUCAGAGGUCAAACUGCACCCUGUGGGUCGGGGCUGAUGUCCUC